AUGCUGACCUUUGAGUCCUCUCAGACCCAAGGAGCCAAGGCCAUUGUCGAGAAGCUUGUGUCUUUGGGAUUUCAGAAGGUCAAGCACCGUAUCUCCACCCUCGAUGCCCAACCAGCGUCUGAGGCCGGUGACGUUUUGGUUAUGGUCACCGGUGAGUUGCUCAUUGACGACGAGCAGAACGCCCAGAGAUACUCGCAGGUUUUCCACCUAAUUCCAGAUGGAAGCUCUUACUAUGUGUUCAACGACAUUUUCAGAUUGAACUACUCCUAA